AAUUCACAGUUUUUCAAAACAAAAAUAUGUUAUUUAAUAGGUUUCGACCACAAAAUUUAUUCAGACUUAGACCAAAUAUAUUUUCAAGUACACCGCGCUGCUUAAAAUCUGACUCUAGCAAUGCAGAAACAGUUGAAUUGGCUUACUCGACGUACGAGAGCACCGACGUUGAUACAUCCAAAAGACCUCCUCUUGUGAUCUUGCAUGGGCUAUUAGGUUCGAAAAAUAACUGGAACAGUAUGAGUAAAGCUAUCCAUAAGGCCACAGGAAGGAAAAUUAUCAGUGUAGAUGCUCGCAAUCACGGAGAUAGUCGGCAUUCGUCACAACAUACAUAUAUUCAUAUGGCCCACGAUGUGAUAAAAUUAUUAAAGAAACUAGAGAUAUCGAAAGUAUCCAUUCUGGGACAUAGCAUGGGUGGCCGUACCGCUAUGGUUUUAUCACUUCUUUGUUCUGAUCUUGUAUCAAGUCUAAUUGUCGUGGAUAUAUCACCAGUGAAAACAAGUCCACAAAUAUUUACCAUGAUGAAUCUGUUUGAUGCAAUGGCAGCUGUGUCCAUAAGAUCUGGAAUUGCCAUGUCAAAAGCGAGAAAACUAGCCGAUGAACAGCUGAAAAAUGUAUCGCCAGAUGUAAAUUUGAGAAACUUUCUGAUUACAAACUUGAUACAAACAAAUACUGGGUCAUAUACUUGGAGAGUGAACUUGCCAGCGUUGAAAGAGAACUUCCAGAACUAUAUAUCACAUUUUCCAUCAAGUUUGAAAGGCCUGCAAUAUUGUGGGCCCACUUUAUUCAUUGGAGGUUCCCUCUCAGAUUAUAUUGGCAAAAAUGACUUGCCCGAGAUUCAAGAGUACUUCCCGCUAGCCGACUUAGUGUUCAUAGAAGGUGCAGGCCACUGGGUGCACAGUCAAAAGCCAGAAAAAUUCUUAGAAACUACCGAUGACUACAAAAACAACGGAAUCGAGAUCAAUAACCGUUUCGGUGAAAAUGCAUCGGAAAUCAUUCCCUUGCAAAACCUCAAGCGAGUACCCAAGUUCAGCAAAGCGAAGAAACUGCCCAAGGAUGCUGAUUUCUCUCUGUUUCUGCCGGCUCAUCAAAAGAUGGCAGACGAAGUUAUCGACGAGCUGAUGGGCGUUCCUGAGAACCAGCUGCAACAAUUUUUAUCAACAUGUGCCUUUGCAAGAGUGAAUCUCAACCCGCAGUUAUUCAAUUAUUGCUUCAGUGUUGCUCUUAUGCACAGACGCGACACAAGAGAUGUUCCAAUCGCAAAUUUCGCAGAAACUUUCCCAUCUAAGUUUUUGGACUCCCAAGUGUUCUCACAAGCUCGUGAGACAGCGGCAGUAUCAGCUCAAGGUGGAGCACCGAGAAUUCCCAUCAUAAUACCAAGGGAUUACACAGCCACGGACUUAGAUAUUGAACAUCGUUUAGCGUACUUCCGUGAAGAUAUUGGAGUAAAUCUUCAUCACUGGCAUUGGCAUCUUGUGUACCCAUUCACCGCAAACCAGAGAGAAAUAGUCGCCAAAGAUAGACGUGGUGAACUUUUCUUCUACAUGCACCAACAGAUUAUUGCACGCUACAACGGCGAGCGCUUGAACAACUCGCUAGCUCGCGUCAAGAAAUUCAGCAACUGGAAUGAGCCAAUCGAAGAGGGCUACUUCCCCAAGCUAGACAGUCUUACAUCUUCCCGCGGCUGGCCCCCACGGCAGGCCAAUAUGCGCUGGCAGGACUUGAACCGGCCGGUGGACGGUCUGAAUGUAACUAUCGCUGAUAUGCAGCGCUGGAGACGGAAUAUUGAAGACGCUAUCGCUACGGGAUUGGUUACUUUGCCAAAUGGAAGCACACGCGAAUUGGACAUCGACACUCUCGGCAACAUGAUGGAAGCGAGUGUUCUAUCGCCAAACAUGGAAUUGUAUGGAAGUCUCCAUAACAAUGGGCACAGUUUCUCUGCUUAUAUGCACGACCCGAACCAUAGAUAUCUCGAAAACUUCGGUGUAAUCGGUGAUGAAGCUACAACAAUGCGUGAUCCCUUCUUCUACCGUUGGCACGCUUUUGUGGACGACACUUUCCAGAAGUUCAAGGAAUCUUCCAAUGUUCGCCCCUACACUCGUUCCGAGCUGGAAAACCCUGGCGUGCGCAUAUCCUCCGUUCGCGUACAAAGCUCCACGGGCGACCAGAACACGCUCAACACAUUCUGGAUGAUGAGCGACGUGGACCUGUCGCGUGGUCUUGACUUCUCCAACCGUGGGCCUGUAUACGCGCGCUUUACACAUCUAAACCAUCGCGACUUUGAAUACGUCAUCGAAGCACAGAAUGAUGGCAACGCUACUCGCGGCACAGUGCGUAUAUUCAUCUCACCGAAAUUCGACGAACGCAACUUACCUUGGAUCCUGGCGGACCAACGUAAAAUGUUCAUCGAGAUGGACAGAUUCGUUGUACCAUUGAACCGCGGCCGCAACGUCAUCACCCGUCGUUCAACAGAAUCAUCAGUGACCAUCCCGUUUUCGCAAACGUUCCGUGACUUGUCACAAAACGCAAACACAUCAGCUGGUGAUAGAGCCGCGUUCAACUACUGCGGCUGUGGCUGGCCGCAACACAUGCUGGUGCCGAAGGGAACUGAGGCGGGAGCGCAGUAUGAUCUGUUCAUCAUGAUUUCGAACUACGAUUUGGAUUCGGUACAACAACCCGAUGGGACAGAAAUGACCUGCAAGCAGGCUUCAAGCUUCUGUGGUAUCAGGGACAAAUUGUACCCUGACAGGCGUGCCAUGGGCUACCCCUUCGACAGACCUUCCAGCGCUGCUUCUAACAUUCAGGACUUUAUUCUCCCCAACAUGUCUCUUACGGAUAUCACUAUCCGUUUGCAAAAUGUUACCGAACCUAACCCGAAUAACCCCCAAAACUAAUAUAUUUUAUAUAAACAGUCAUUUUAAUGUGUAUCUUGUAAAAAUGUAAAAAUUGAAAGGCUGAUUAAUUUAAUCUUAUGAAUUUGUAAGUAUUGUACAUAAUUUACUGUUAAGUUAUAGUAGUGACCCAUUUGAAUAGAUUUAAAUAAAACAAGCAUCUUGAUUAA